UUACGAAUACCUGUUGCGGUAACAUUGUAUCCAGUUUUAACGGAUGAAAGCCGUAUUUAUUAGAUAUAAAGUUUAUACGGUCAAGAAAUGUACGAAGCUAUUUUAUUUACACAAAAUGUAUUAGAAAUAUUAAAUAAUUUAAUAUGAAUAUUACACAUAAUUAAAUGAAACUAGUGUUGUCGGAAAACUACGCGUAUUUUAAUAUUUUUUUAAACUACAUACUACCUACGUUUCGGUUACUUCGCAGCAACCGUGAUUAGGGGCAAACGGUGUAAUAAAAUACGCUUAGUAAUUCGAAAAAUAUUAGUUUCAUUUAAAUGAAUACUCGCUAAAAUCUUAGAUCUCAUUAUAUAGCACAAUAUUAUGAAUUUGACGUACACAUGAUACGUCAAUUAAUGGAGAAUUCUCAUUGGCUGUUUUGUCACCAAAUGACGAACAUAAGGACACUUCAAUUUUAGUAUUGAAAUUAAAACAAUCAAUUUGUCACGGUCAAGUGUUGACUAUUACAAUAUGUCGUAUGUUUGAUUCUCCAUAUUUUUGUAUUGCUUGUGUCAAAAAUGAUGUACUUGCCACCAAUAUCGCCUUUUAUUAUUUUAACCGGUUUUGCUAACAUUCAAUAGGGUUGUCUGAAUACUAUCGACAAUAUUAUCAUUUUUUUUAAGCUGUUCUGGCUUAAAGGACAGUGUGAUUAAGGCUUAAGGAAAGAGAAUUAACUAAUAUUAAUGUUUUACAAUUAGCAAAUCGUCCUAUAAACACAUCUAGAGAAUUGAAAUUAGUAACUGGGACAUAUUGAAUGUUUCAAUUACAUUAUUAGUUCAGUAUCAUGACGGUGACCAGCUAGUUCGGACGCGUUCAAACGAUCAAGAAAAUUAACAUUCAUAAUUUAUAAUUAUGUCUUUAUCGAUUAAUUAAGAAUUCUUAUAUUCUUUUGUUCUUCAGUUUUUUUUUACUGUUCUAAGAUACUUUUAGCUGACGACAAGAAUAAUUGAAAACAUAUCGCAGAUCACUAAGUAUGGGCUUAUUGAUUGAUGAUAAUGAGACCUUAUGUUAACGAAGGAUACUAAAAUAAAAGCGUCGCCGGAUUACAUCAUAUUCAUGGAAAUUCGUGUCUCAUAUUACGUAAAACGGAUCUAAUUGCUAUGUAUCUACGGAACCCUUGUUAAGAUACGUUAUUUUAAAUUUUGUUUCCGUUAUACUAUCUAUAUUUUAGGAUGGAUUGCGACUGUGAUUUUCUUUUGCCAUCUAGAGACAGUUGGGAGGGACAUUACGGGAACUGCUCGUCUAUUUGGUGUAAGGAACACGACGAACCUGCAAAGAAUAAAGAUGGCACUAUCAGACUGAGAAACAGACAUCUCGUGGCACUUGAAUGUGACGUGUUGUAUCACCUCGGGCUUGAUACCAAGAGCAAUGAUCUUCAAACCAUGUUCGGGGAUGUCAAGUUCGUUUGUAUGGGUGGAACUAAAAAAAGAAUGAAGGAUUUCGCUGAAUACAUUGCCAAUGUGCUCCAACUACCUAAUGAGGGGCUGGUUAAUAUUACAAAGAAUUCCCAUAGAUACGCCAUGUAUAAAGUUGGACCGGUGUUGUCGGUUAAUCACGGCAUGGGAGUUCCCUCUAUGACAAUACUUCUGCAGGAAAUCAUAAAAAUGCUUUUCUACGCUAAAGCCAAAGACCCAAUAUUCUUCAGGAUCGGUACUUGUGGUGGAUUAAAGAUACCAGCGGGAUCUGUCGUCAUAUCCUCCUGGGCACUAAACGGGACCAUGGAGAAGUCAUAUAACUUACCGAUCAUGGGUGAAGUGCACAAACUGCCAUCGUUUUUUGAUAAGCGCCUUAACCAAGAAUUGCACUUCCUUGCGUCCGAGGAGACGGGCUUCGAAACGUUCAUAGCUGGUACUAUGGCCGCUGAUGACUUUUAUCAAGGUCAAGCGCGACUGGAUGGUCCUUUCUGUGACUACUCAGAGGCAGACAAGAUGUCAUUUCUGAAUCAGUUGUUCGAUAUCGGGGUCAGGAACAUUGAAAUGGAGGCUACCGCCUUCGCUGCGUUGACUUCACAGGCUGGUAUAAGAGCGGCCGAUGUUUGCGUCACAUUCCUCGACAGACUUAAAGGGGAUCAGGUAACGUCAAGCAAGUCUAAGCUAGUCGAGCUUCAGGAAAGACCUAUGGUGCUUGUCGGAAAAUAUAUCUCCAGAUAUUAUGUGACGAAAUUAAAAUAGUAAAAUAUACUAUGAUAUAUUUAAGCCUUAACCAGCUAUAGUAUGAUUUAUCGACCAAAUAAUUAAUAUGAGUUCUGUAAUGGACUUUGUCUUUUUUUUUAUUAAUAAAACCAAUAUUUGUAUCUUUCGUAUGAAUAUAAAAAUUUUUACUAAACAAUUCAUUUUUGGAAAAUCAUUAUUCAAAUAUAGUGGUCAAUGAAUGCGCUAUACCUGUCUGUCGGUAGUAUGAUAUGGACACUGUUUCCAUUAUACAAGAGAUGAUUUUGAAAUAAAAGUAUUUACUAUGUAUA